AGCAACUUGUGUGUUUUUUUUUGUUGUUUUAUUUUUGCAUACGGUGCAGAUGUACAUCUUUCUGCUUUUGCAUUGCUUGGAGAACUACAAUUCCCGAAAGCCUCCCUUCCUGCCUUCCUGCCUAUCCCAGGCAGGGUUGGGAGGGGAGGGGGGAAGGCUGGCACAUUACCCUGUCAAUCAAACCGCCUACAAAGGAGGAGAAGGAAGGUUGCGGUGACCGGUGCAGGUCGCUAGGUAGUGGAAAGUACACCGUGAGGAGUGACAGGGAACUGAGAGGCUGCUUCCAUUUCCCGGAUUGGGGGUUUGCUUUUAAAUCGCCCGCAAGGCUGAAAAAAAGUUGAUUUGCAGAAACGUGGCAAUGGGAAAUACCCUGGUGUGAUUUAUUUUUGUUAAAAUUUGGAGAUCUGCCGGCGUGCUGACUUUGAGAUUGAAUUCCUUGUUGCAGUCAAACCCUGUCCUUUUUUUAAAAACAAAAUUAUUUGCAGUUGUUGAAGCCUGUCCUCUUCUGUGUUUGAGAGGGGUUGGUUUUGCUUGCAUCUUAAUUCCCCAUCCCCUGUUUCCUCUGUGUGUAGUUUUUUUUUGAAGGUGACGAUGUGGAGAGUGGCCACUUGCUCUGUGCUGUACCUGCUGCUGCGUUCCCUCACCGCUCUGCCGUGGCAGCUCCUCUGCGCCGCUACCUGCGCUCUCUACCUCGCCUCGGGAGGCCGCACAUUCCUGGGCAUCUUCUUCAAGACCAUCCGCCGGGACGUGCAUGCCGCAGGGGUCCUCCUCAAAGUCAAGCUCAACGUGAGGCGCAACUUGAAGUUGAACAACACCAUUCCGAAAAUCUUCCACGAAGUGGUGCAGAGGCACCCAGACAAGAUUGCACUCAUUUUCGAGGGGACUGGCGUCGCCUGGAGUUUCCGGGACCUGGAUGAGUUCUCCAACCGAGUGGCCAACUGUUUCCGGGAGCAGGGCUUCCGCACCGGCGAUGUGGUGGCGCUGUUCAUGGAGAGCAGGAGCGAGUAUGUGGGACUGUGGCUGGGGAUGGCCAAGAUUGGUGUGGAGGUGGCACUGAUUAACUUCAACCUGCGGAUGGACGCACUGGCGCACUGCAUCAACAUCUCCAGAGCCAAGGCCAUUGUGUUCGGGGGCGAGCUGAGCAAUGCCCUGAAGGAGAUCCAUACGCUGCUGGGCAAAUCCAUCUCCCUCUACUGCUCUGGAGAGCCUGAUUCCUCGGAGGUGCUUCCCGGUACGGAAAACCUCGAUCAUCUGCUGGAGGCUGUGUCAAGCCGGCCCCCUCCCCUGCUCCAGAACCGAGGAUUCACAGAUCGUCUGUUUUAUAUCUACACCUCAGGAACGACAGGCAUGCCCAAGGCAGCUAUAGUUGUUCACAGCAGGUAUUACCGAAUGGCAGCUUUGGUUUACUAUGGGUUUCGAAUGCGCACUGACGACAUUGUCUAUGACUGUCUGCCUCUCUACCACUCGGCAGGGAAUAUUGUGGGAAUCGGGCAGUGUCUCCUGCACGGACUGACUGUGGUAAUUAGGAGGAAGUUCUCUGCCUCACGCUUUUGGGACGAUUGUGUGAAAUACAGGUGCACGAUUGUGCAGUACAUCGGGGAGAUAUGCCGCUACCUGCUGAGCCAGCCGGAGCGGGCAGUGGAGAGGCAGCACCGUGUGCGGAUGGCGCUGGGGAAUGGCCUGCGCCCGUCCAUCUGGGAGGACUUCACCUCCCGCUUCCACAUCCCACAGGUCGCGGAGUUCUACGGAGCCACGGAGUGUAACUGCAGCCUCGGCAACUUCGACAACAAGGUUGGUGCCUGUGGCUUUAACAGUCGCAUUCUGCCGUUUGUCUACCCGAUUCGGUUAGUAAAGGUGAAUGAGGACACGAUGGAGCUGGUUCGAGGAGCUGAUGGUGUCUGUAUCCCCUGUAAACCAGGUGAAGCGGGUCAGUUGGUGGGUCGGAUUGUCCAGAGUGACCCUCUGCGGAGGUUCGACGGAUACGUCAACGAGACGGCGACCACCAAAAAGAUCGCACAGGACGUGUUCAAGAAGGGGGAUGCUGCCUACCUCUCAGGCGACGUCCUGGUCAUGGACGAGUACGGUUACAUGUAUUUCCGAGACCGCACGGGGGACACUUUCCGUUGGAAAGGUGAGAAUGUGUCGACCACAGAGGUGGAGGGGACUCUGAGUCGGAUCCUCGGCAUGACAGACGUUGUGGUGUACGGAGUUGAGGUGCCAGGUGCAGAAGGUAAAGCCGGAAUGGCUGCGAUAGCAGACCCUAACAAUCGGAUUGACCUGGAGACAUUCUACACUGACCUCGAGGUAGCUUUACCUCAGUAUGCACGACCCAUAUUCCUGCGAUUAUUACCAGCAGUGAGCAAAACAGGAACGUUCAAAUUCCAAAAAACAGACAUGAGAAAGGAAGGGUUCGACCCGAGGAACAUUAAGGACAAACUUUAUCUCCUGGAUCAAAAACAGCGAACAUACAUCCAAUUGGAUGAAGAGCUCUUCAGAAGCAUCCAAUCAGGGAAACGGAAGUUGUGAUGAAAGCUCAGUGAUCUCUCUCUAACUGUUUGUUUACCUCACUCUUACUGCUGUGAGUAGCCAGAAAUAGCAAAAGGGAUAAUUAAUUCCAUUUCUGUUACUUGACCAGAUUUGCAUGUACAGGAACUUUACAGAGAAUUCCAUUAUUUUUCUUUAAGUUUAUUACAGAUUUGCUAGUAAUUUAUGAAGAGCGAUUAUGACAAUUUUGCACAAGAGAAUUAUAAUUUUUAUUGUCAGUUUUGUUUGGGAUGGUGAUCUUCAAUUGGGACAAAGCUUUUAUUUAUUGGUUUCUUCGACAGCCUGUGUAGCAUCUUCGGGUGUCUGAACGUUUAAUUAAACAGGAUUCAUACGGGGAUGUGAGCUGUCACCGUUUGAUCUCCACAUAAAUUAUCCCUCAGUACUGGUCCUUUUACACCAUUCAGAUUAUUGUUGUUAGAUGCAGGGAGUGACGGGUACAGUAUCACUCCUGUCCACUAAGGAAUCGUCUAUUUACCACAUCUAUACUUGACACCCCUACUCCAGCAUGGAGUGGGUGUCGGAGGGUCAGCACUGAGGGAUGGAGCGCCGCACUGUCGGAGGGUCAGCGCUAACGGAGGGAGCAUUGCACUGUCAGAGGUCAGCGCUGAGGGAGAGAGCGGCGCACAGUCGGAGGGUCAACGCUGAGGGAGCGCCGCACUGUCGGAGGGUCAGCACUGAGGGAGAGAGCGGCGCAUGGUCGGAAGGUCAACGCUGAGGGAGGGAGCAUUGCACAAUUGGAGGUUCAGCGCUGAGGGAGGGAGCUCCGUACUGUCGGAGGGUCAGCGCUGAGGGAGGGAGCUCCUUGCUGUCGGAGGGUCAGCGCUGAGGGAGGGAGCUCCGUGCUGAAGGAGGGCGCAUUGCACUGUCAGAGGGUCAGCACUGAGGGAGGGCGCAUUGCACUGUUGGAGGGUCAGCACUGAGGGAGGGCGCAUUGCACUGUCGGAGGGUCAGUGCUGAGGGAGGGAGCUCCCUGCUGUCAGAGGGUCAGUGCUGAGGGAGGGAGCUCCCCGCUGUCGGAGGGUCAGCACUGAGGGAGGGAGCUCCGUGCUGUCAGAGGGUCAGAGCUGAGGGAGGGAGCAUUGCACUGUCGGAGGGUCAGUGCUGAGGGAGGGAGCUCCCCGCUGUCGGAGGGUCAGUGCUGAGGGAGGGAGCUCCCCGCUGUCGGUGGGUCAGUGCUGAGGGAGGGAGCUCCACAUUGAGUGACGAAGAUUCACUUGACUGAUUCCUGGGAUGAAGGGACUAUUCUGUCAGCAGAAACUGAGUGGAAUGAGUAUUUGUUCUCUGGGCUGUUGAAAGGUGAGGGUUGGUCUUAGUGAUGUCAAGGAUUUGACAGGGUCAGUACAGAGGAAGAGUGUCCCUGAUGGCAAAGUCUAGAGCAGCUUCAGAUACGUGGUCAUACCUUUAAGUCUAAAAUGGUGGGGCAUGUCUUCACACAAACUAUUGUUGUGUGUUUGGAAUUAUUUACCCAGUUUGGCAGUGUACAUGCAGCUUGUCCAUAACCUGGAUCAAUCUGGGAUCAGAUGGAACAGCAGAGCUGAUGUGAAGGUCAGCCAAACUAUGGGAGAGCAGGAACGAGGGGACGAAUGGCCUCCUCAAACCAAGUUUCUCCUCCUCUGUACAACAGAGCCGUAACCAGAAUGUGUCAGCGCCCUCCGCAGUUAGGACCUGUGCAGGAUCCCACAAAGAAAUUGGAAAAGGGCGAUGCACUGGAAGAACUCAUCCAGACACUGGGUCAAACAUUCCAGGGAAUAUUGGCCUCUACAGUUUCCAACCCAAGAGAGGACAGGCUUUUACUGGACACUACAUCCCCGUGGCAUCUGCACCGUAGGGCCUGACUGUAGCUCCACCCUGGGGCCUAGCGUAGCUGAACUGUGGGGCCCAUGGUAUCUGCACCUUGGGACCCUGUAGUAGCUCCACUAUUGGGCCCUAUAUUAGCUCCACUGUGGGACCCCGUGGUAUCUCCAGCCUGGGGCCUAGUGGUAGCUCCACCGUGGAAACUGAGUGGAAUGAGUAUUUGUUCUCUGGGCUGUUGAAAGGUGAGGGUUGGUCUUCGUGAUGUCAAGGAUUUGACAGGAUCAGUACAGAGGAAGAGUGUCCCUGAUGGCAAAGUCUAGAGCAGCUUCAGAUACGUGGUCAUACCUUUAAGUCCAGUGGUAUCUCCGCCCUAGGGCCCAGUGGUAGUUGCACCGUGGGGCCCUGUAGUAGCUCCACCGUGGGACCCAUUGGUAUCUCCGCCCUGGGGCCUCGUUGUAGCUCCACCGUGGGACCCAGUGGUAUCUCCGUCCUAGGGCCCAGUGGCAGUUGCACUGUGGGACCCAGUGGUAUCUCCGCCCUGGGCCCAGUGGUAACUGCACCGUGUGCCCAGUUGUAUCUCUGCCCUGGGGCCCAGUGGUUGCUGCACCGUGGGGCCCAGUAGUAACUGCACCAUGGGGCCCUGUAGUAGCUCCACUGUGGGACCCAUUGGUAUCUCCACCCUGGGGCCUAGUGGUAGCUGCACCGUGGGACCCAGCCUCUCUCUCGGUGAUAAGUCUCUCUCUCGCUCUCUCUCUCGCUCGCUCUCUGUCUCUCGGUGGAGGGAGCUGGUUCUUGUUGUAAUCCCCUGACCCCCAAUGACCCCCAGACGAGGGGCAGCAGCUUCACCCCGUGUGGCAGCUGCAACAUGAACGGUCAGACAGGUUGAAGGUUCCCUGGGGUGGGAUGGGGUGAGGGGAUAGGCCUCUGCUGGAGAAAUGAGCCCAGGUCCAGCACAAUGACUCCACGAAGGAGUGAGGUGACAGGGAGCGGAGGGCGGUGCCAGUGCCUGAUUUGAUUUUUCUUUUGUUCCCCUCUCCCCGCGUACAGUUUGUGGUUUGUGUCCUGAGCAGGUGUCCCCGUUGACCUUGCAGUCUGGGAUUAUGCAGCAACACAAGGAGGGACUGCUCACGGGAAUAAGCGGUGUCCUCUGAUGUGCUGAGAAUUCUAUUACACUGGGAGGCCUCCCUGCCUUUGCUGGUGCAAUGUGAUUGGAAUGAUUUAUCAUUUAGUGAGGCUACAACAGUGGUGAUUAGUGACCGUUUGGAAUAUUAAGGUGUGUAGCUUCGCUCUGAUGCUGUGGGUCUCUUUGUGUUAAUGGGUUUGGACAUUCUCUAUUGAGCUGCUUGUGACGUUUAGUGUUGACGGGUCAAUAAUUCAGCAUCACUGCGUGGUUUGAAUCAAAUACUGGAAACAGUCAGUGUAUCGUCAGGGCAGCAGGAAGUGCUGCUGGGAAUUUGGAUUCAUUAACAGAGAAAGGAAAGGCUCAGAGUAGGCCGGGCCUGCCCAGGGAGUGAGAGCUAACCCGGGAGGCACACAGCCUGGAGCCUAGCAUUCAACUGGGCUGGGCAGCCUUCUGUCUUCACUGUUGGAACAGGGAGUGAUGCCACAGGGCAGGAGAGGGCACAUUGGGGUGGCACGGUGGCUCAUUGGUUAGCACUGCUGCCUCGCAGCACCAGGGACCCAGGUUCGAAUCCAGCCUCGGGUGACAGUCUGCAUGGAGUUUGCACAUUCUCCCCGUGUCUGCGUGGGUUUCCUCCCAUAAUCCAAAGAUGCGCAGGUCAGGUGGAUUGGCCAUGCUAAAUUGUCCAUAGUGUUCAGGGAUGUGUAGGUUGGGUGCAUUAGUCAGGAGUAAAUAUAACAGAGUAGGGGAAUGAGUCUGGGUGGGUUACUCUUCAGAGGGUCGGUGUGGACUUGUUGGGCCGAAGGUCCUGUUUCCACACUGUAGGGAUUCUAUGAUCACUGAGUUUACAGGAUACAGGUCUUUGACAGGGUGGCGUGGUGGAGAAGAACCUUUUUAAUUUUAAUUAAAAUAUUAAUUAUUGGGAUAUGGGCAUCAGCAGCAAGGUGAAAAUAUGUUGCCACUCUGUAAUAGCCCUUGGGAGGGUAACAGUGAGUCGUUGCUGCAGUCUACGUGGUGGGGUGGGGUGCUAUCAAUGGUUCACUGGGCCUUUUCAGAGCAACCAGAGAGUGCUGGAGAAACUCAGCAGGUCUGAUAGCAUCUGUGGAAAGAGAAAGCAAGAGUUCAAUCACUGGAGAAACUCAGUGGAUCUGUUAUCACCAGUGGAGGGAGAAAGCAAGAGUUCAUAAGGUCAUUGCGGACUCACAACAUUGAGAGUCCUGGGGAAAGGCAGGAGAUUAGUAUCAAAUGCUCAGUGAGCCAGGAUGGGCAGAAUGGCCUUCAGUACCCGAACAAUUCCGUAAAUUGGUAUCUCAUGAGCUCUGCCCUUCAGGAUAUAAAGGACUGCCCCUGGGUGGAGCUCACCAGUUUUUAGCUGCCUCACAGCUGUGGGCCAUAAAAGGACAAGUACACACAUUGUAAGACCUUAAGCUAUACUUAAUGUUUCAAAGGGCUCGAUAUAAUGAAGCCCGCUGUAACCGACGUGUCCUGGUGACAAUGUGAAGUCUGUCUGCUGCUGCAGAGCUGGGGCAACCAUCCUUCCCAUGUGUCCCCAUCACUGAGACAAACAGCAAUAAUGUGCUUUGCUCCCUGUCACCAUUCCCAACGCGUGACUCCUAUGGAAUUCCAGAAUAAAUGUGGGGGCUGGGUGCUCCUGCAGGACAUCAUGAGGCCAGACCAGGAGGAGUGGGGUAACUGUAUUGCCUCCACACGGAGAGCGCUGCACAUGGAGAAGGAUAGGAGCCAGAGUUUGUUGGAUCUGCACUAACUCUCCUCUGGCACCACUGACCUGGUGGCUUCCUGGAGUCUCACUACUUGGAUGAGCGAGUGAAGAUGCUGAGAAUUGUGUGGGAGAGUGAGAGUACGUGUUUGACACGCUUACCCUGGGUGGGAAAUGAACUGACUGGCAAGGAGUGAGCUUUGUAAUUGUUGAUAUAAAUGGGAGACCUGAGUUUUCUGCUGGUGAAAAAAACAGAUAAGACUUGGUCUGUAUUGUGAACUAUACCAACUGUAAA